UGUGUGGGAAAAAAGACGCCAGUCGUAGUGCGACGCUUGAGCGUCGAGCACGUCAAUUUUUAUACGGGUUGGUGCUUAUCUGAAGUAUCAUUAUGAAGUUUACAGUACUAUCUAUCCUAUUGCUCGUAGGAUUCUGCAGUAUUCAUUUGAUUGAGGCGAAGUACAGAAGUGGUGGACGUCGGGGAGGCAGUCGGGGUGGAGGAAGCCGUGGUGGGGGCUAUGGCGGUGGCCACAGAGGAGGCGGAUUUGGAGGUUCCAGACCAAGUCCACCAAUUUAUCAUCCCCCUGUUCACAUUCCUUCACCGCCUGUUUACAAACCACCAAUUCACUCUUCACCUCCAGUUUAUAAACCACCACCCGCUAUUCCCCCACCAAUUUAUCAUCCACCAGUGCAUGUGCCUUCACCACAUGGCAGCGUAUCCAAGCCCAGUGCACCUCUUCCAGGAAAAGCCAAUCCAAAAGACAGUAGCAGUAUAUUCAUAAACAACGAAGGUGGAGGUCGGCCACGGCCAGGCAAUUCUUAUCCAGAUUGGGCCAAUCCAGGAGCCAAACCGUCUCCACCAAUCGGCAGUCCAACAACCGGAAGUCACCCACCGUUUCCAAACACAAAUCCUCAUCCUUCUAUCCCCAACUCGAAACCGUAUCCAGACUGGGCGAAUCCUGGAGCAAAACCAUCACCACCGCUAGGCACUCCUGGAGGUGUUGGUCACCCGCCAUAUCCCAGUUCGAAUCCUCAUCGUCCUUAUCCACCAGUCAUUACUCACGGCCAGAACACUCACGCAAGGAAUUCCUCAUUUCCAAGUCUGUCCGCACCGUAUCCAGCUCCAAAGCCAAACCUUCCGUACCCCACGUCCAAGCCAAGUCUUCCGUAUCCAUCUUCUCAUCCUAAUAACAUGCCACAACCGAACGCUCCGCACAUUGGAUUCAAUCCAGGACUGGCUUCAGGAGUAGGUAGCCCUCACAUAACUCCACCGCAUCAUUCUGCACCCUUGGGAACACCUCCACACCUGCAGUCCCACCCACCACCGUAUUCAGUGCAAUCAGGUUACCAAGGAGGUUAUUCAGGUGGAUACCAUCCCAUGGGUCAGCCCGGAAUCGUCCAUAAUCCUUAUCCAAUGCAGUCUUCACCAGGAAUGCCCAACUACGGUCCUCCACAUAUUUACGGAGGUCCUGCCAUGUCCCAACCGUAUGUACCAGGACAAACCAUCAUCCUGCCUAGUCAGAGCAGCUCUGGUCCAGGGAUUGGACAAUUGGUGAAAGAGGCAUUAGUAUUCUCUACUAUUAAUGCUGGUGUGAAUAGAUUGAUCAAUGGAGCACCACAUCAACAUCAUUAUGUGAGCUCCAGUCCUCAAGUUCAACCAACUGGAGGUUCGACUGUUAGUAAUAAUACAACGAUCAUUUAUAACAAUUAUGGACCCGGUGAUCAAGGGCAAGGGACUCCGGGAGCACCCCCAAGUGUACCAGGGACUUAUGUGCCGAGUAAUCCUGGUAGUUAUACACCAGGAAGUUCUGGAGGAGGCUAUGUUCCAAGUAAUUCUGGAAGCUAUGCUCCAGGUGCCAUUCCUUACGGGCCAAGCACCAACCCAGGAGGUAUUUCGCCUCCAUCUGCAAUGCCUGGAAUCGCCCCAUCUAUGGUUCCGGGUGGAAGUCUUCCUAAUCCUGGUAGUAGUGGAAGUCCUACAGUUCCGGCAUCACCAGGUAGCGCCAGCGUUUCUGCCGUAACUAAUGGCACUAAUCAGAAUGUAGCAGCUGCUCCUGAGGCUCCACCAGCCCCUCAAUACUACAUCCCUGAUGAUGAAUUAAUGAAACUCACUGAAACUCUCUUUUCUAAGGAGGAAAUUAACUUGAAGAAGUAUGUGACACUAUACGUGCAGAAUAAAGUAAAAGCCGGGAAUAUAACAGAUGAAGCACCAGGCCCGUUGAUGUAUACGUCUCCAGAAUUGGAGGACAUGCCGACAGUUCGAAUGGUGAAAAAUAUAUUUGACAAUUAUCAAAUCAACUCGACGUUGAAGGAGAACUCUACGUCCGAAAUGAAGAAAGAAGAGAAUUUGCUUCUGGAUACUUUCCUCAAUACCGAUAUCAUGACGACUGCGAUGAAUUGGCUGGCAAGUAAAUACUACAUCGAGCCCGAUGACUUCGAGAUGAAAGACACACUUCGUCACAUUUGGUUCAAUAAGAUUGAUGGUGCCACGUCCGGAUUCGAACGAAUAUUCUUAGCCGAACUCUAUCCUGGUCCGAGUUUCAUUGGAGCACAAAAUUGGAUUUACUUCGGGGCAAAAGAAGCUCUGAAGGAGAUUAAUUACAUGGGGUACACGGAAGAGCGGGCCAUAGCAGAUAAAGCGACGCUGUUGAAGUUCAAUCUGAAAAUGGGAGACGCGGUUAAGCAGAAUGUUACAAUGCUGAUCGGGACAUCUCCGGAGCUCGAAAUGGCUCUGUACACCGUCUGCUUUUAUGCCAGGCCGAAUGAUAUCUGUCCGGUGUCACUCGGAGGGACUCAGUUCUAUAUUUAUACUCAUAGUUUCCGGUAUUUCGGAAAAGACCUGAUCGAUGUUGGCAUCAUCGCAUUUUAAAUAAUUGCGUAAUCUGUGAUUAUCAACUUAAGAAAUUUAUGUACUGUAAUGAUAAUUAUUUCUAUAAUGGUUGGAUGCAUAGAAAUAUCUACACUGGUAGAACGGAUUAGUUAUUGUUAACGAAUGGAUCUUGGUUGGAGGUUAGGGUCUAUUCGGUCCCACCAAAUGUUC